GAUUAGAAAUGUCACUCAAGUGCAUUGUUUGUCUAGCAGCCGAACUAUUGGUGUUACUUUAAAAAGUUAUUGAUAAGAAAUAGUUAUGGAAAAAGUUCUGUUGUUUGCCUUGUUAGCAAUUAACUAUGUGGCUGGUAUUGAUAUGCGGGUAGAUCCCCUUGUGUUGACCAAACAAGGGCUGGUGAAAGGUCGCAAGGCAUCUGAUGGUGAUUACUCAGAGUUUUUGGGGAUUCCUUACGCGAAAGUUGAUUUGGAAAAUCCAUUUGGGCCUGCACAAGAAAUAACCAGAUUCGAACAGCAGGUUUUCUUUGCCUACGAUGGUUCAACAAAAUGCCCUCAGACUUCUUCACCAGACAAACCAAGUAACGAGGGAACAUUAGACUGUCUGACGCUCAAUGUUUAUGUACCUUUCAAAGCCAGUUAUACUAAUCCACUUCCCGUAUUAGUAUUUAUUCAUGGUGGUAUAUUUAGUUUCGGCAGUGCUGGAGAAUAUAAAGUAAAAAAUUUAGUAAGACACGACAUUGUGGUUGUCACAAUUAAUUAUCGUUUGGGACCUUACGGAUUCAUGUGCCUAGAUACGCCGUCAGUACCAGGAAACCAGGGUCUAAAAGAUCAGUACGAAGCACUACGUUGGAUAAGGUCAAAUAUAGAUUCAUUUGGUGGCAAUCCUUACAAUGUUACACUAUCAGGUCAAAGUGCCGGUGCUUGUGCGACUUUAUUACAUUUAUACUCGUCUAAAGAGAAAUUGUUUCACAAAGUUAUAGUUGAAAGUGGAACACCACAAAAUUAUGGUAUGUUUGUUGAAGGAGACGUACAUGCAGCGACAAAAAUAGCACAACAUUUAGGGUUAAAUACAACCGAUACUGAGGAAGCUUUAGAAUUUUUAACUAGUGCUCCACAUGCACUAGUGACUGCAGCAGCCAUAGAUUUAAAUUUGCAACUCAGACCUUGUAGAGAAAAAUCCUUCAGUGGAGUUGAUAAUUUCGUGGAAAGUGACCCUUUUUCAUUAUCAAACGCAAAUAAAGUUAGGAAUACCCCAAUUCUAAUUGGCCAUACAAGUCAAGAAGAAGGCGCAGGUGGUCAAGACUAUUUCAACAGCGAUCCGUUUUAUAUUAAAAUAGAUAAUAGCUUUAAUAUGAAUGAGGAACAAUUACAUAAAGCUGCACUGAAUAUUAAACAUUUCUAUAUUGGAGAUGCACCUGCAGAAAGUUUGCUGUCAAGAAUGGCAGAUUUUGAAUCUGAUUUUGUUUUUAAUCAUCCAAUGCAAAGAACAAUCACGAAUUUGGUAGCUGAAAAUGCUCAAGUUUAUCAAUACAUGUUCAGCUAUGUCGGCGAUUCUGGAGCUGAUGGAGCAAGGCAUUCAGCUGAAUUGUUUUAUUUAUAUAAUGCAGGAGAUGAAGUUAAUCAAGCAGAUCAGUUAAUAAUUGAUCGAAUAACAACCAUAUGGGCGAACUUCGUAAAAUAUGGUAACCCCACACCAAAAGCUACAGGUCUUCUUCCAGUGACCUGGUCGCCAGUAACCAAAGACACGAAGCCAUAUUUAGUGAUUGACACCGACAUUCGAAUGGAGAGUAGAGUGUACAACGACAGGAUGGCCUACUGGGAUCUCUUUUAUGACAAUUACGGGAACUACAAUAAACUAUUAAGAAAAUGCCAUAUUAAAUAGUUUGUCUCUCAUACAUAUCAUGUGUAAUUAGUAAUUAUACAAAACUACAUAUUUAAGUAGCUUUCUACGCUUGUUUUUCGUCUAUUAUUUUAUUAUUGUUAUACCUAAUAAUGAGUGUGUGAAAAAGUAUCCAGCAAUUCAAUUUAAUGAAUGUUCGCUGGAAUUUGUAAUCUCUUUUUAGCGACAUUAACGCACC